AGUGUUAACUCUUUUCAUAGGUUUCCCAGUAGUUCUGGCACAGUUUCCAAAUACUCCUCAGUUCAGACCACCUGCGUGGUUCAGUGUGGCUGUUGGUGUAGCACUGUUACUGCUACAGUUUCUUCUCUUCCAUGGAGAGAGUACCUGGCACUGCUCCAGAGGCCACUCAAAGAAAAUACUGUCUUUUACAGAGCACAUGUCUAAGAAACAUGUUACUUUCGUCAGGUAUUUGUGCCACUUUAUGUCAUAUUUGUUGGAGGGGUGAAAGGAGUACGUUAUGUUAUGCCUGAAGUCUUGGCAAAUCCAAUCCUGAGUGAUUCAUUUGGGUUUUCUGAUGAGAAAACUUCACUCUUUUUCCUUACCAUUGUCUUGUCCAACCCUAUUGGAACAGCAUUACUUUACACCCUCCUGUAUUACAAGGUCAAUGGCUAUUGUCUGACAGUGGUGGGACUGACAUGUACGAUCACAUCACUGCUGGUAAUGACAGACUGGCAGGCCAUUGGCAGUGAUCCCUGCACAGAGCACAGUUUGUUCCACCAUCCACAACUGGCCGACCAGUACAGACUAGAGCUAGCAGAGUCUAACAUCUCAGAAUCUGGGACGGUGAGUGUCCAGGGUCUGCUGGUGGUGGAGGGAGAGGUGUACCAGAUGGCAGUCAACAGGUGUGAGUCUGCAGGGGAACACUGCCACUGGACACCCAACUCCCUAGUGACUGGCAAACACUGCAGUGACUGCCAGCCAAUCUGCAGGAGUCCUAGACACACUCUCAACUUUGUCCAGUUCAUUGUUGGUUUUAUUUUCUUCGCCAUCACUGGACCACUAAUGUAUGUUGGGGUCUUCAUCUUGGUUUCAAACUCUGUGAGCAAACCAUUUCAGGGAAUAAGUGCUGGGGCGACCACAGCUCUGAUGGGAGCAGCUAGAGCUGUUUUUCCAUUGCUAAUGGAUGCUGUGUAUGAGCAUGUACAGAAGCGAACGUACCUGGUGAUGCUAAUUCAAGUGGGGGUGUUCCUGCCAUUACUGAUUGGAUUGUUCCUCCUCUAUCCCUGGCUGGCAGGGAGUCGUAAGGUUGACUACUCUCAAGAGAAUCAGGAACAGAUGGAGGAGGAAGCUGACGAGACCACUGGACUAAUGAUGACAAAAAACACAGAGCAAUAGAUAUUGUGUUACUUUCACACUCUUUGUCUUGUAAAUAUCGUCAAAUGCUUUAUGCACAAAGUCAGUCUGAUACUAAAAGUAAGAGAUUGGACUUAUGAGGUUAUACGAGGUGGUGUAGCUAAAGGUUGAAGGAAAUCCCUUGGUACUCAACAAGAACUGACUCUGUGAAAUGUGGAGAUGUCAUGUUACAAAACAUAAAUGGGACAAUAAGAUCUACACUGAGACACAAAGU